GUGUUAGUUGGUUGGUUUUAUAGCCACACUCCACACUCAUGUGUUAGUUGGUUGGUUUUAUAGCCACACUCCACACUCAUGUGUUAGCCAGUUGGUUUUCAUAUUCAUGUGACUGCUGGAGAAGGAUAUUCAACACUAGGUAGUGUGUUAAUUAUCAUGGGAAAGCUUUUUCAUCAGGGAGUGCAUUUUAUAAUCUUAAUUAAGGGGUUCAUCAGUAAGGCCAAGUACACCAAGAUGACCACCAUCUGAGAGACCACAAGCCCAAGAUAUUUGGGGAAAGAAACAAUGAAUAUGGAAGGUGACACUGAAGAUCCCCCUCAAGGUUCACAAUGCCAUGAAGAUUUUAAAAGAGACUGUCUUGUAAAGUAUGUGGGAGAUCACCCAUCAGAGACACUUUUUAACACAGGAGAGAAGUUCCAGUGUUCAGAAUGUUCUAGAUCAUUUACUAAAAAAUCUAGUUUAGUACAACAUAUGAGGGUUCACACAGGAGAGAAGUUCCAGUGUUCAGAAUGUACUAGUUCAUUUACUUAUAAAUCUAAAUUAGUUGAACAUAUGAGGGUUCACACAGGAGAGAUGUUCCAGUGUUCAGAAUGUACUAGUUCAUUUACUAAUAAAUCUAAAUUAGUUGAACAUAUGAGGGUUCACACAGGAGAGAUGUUCCAGUGUUCAGAAUGUACUAGUUCAUUUACUAAAAAAUCUAGUUUAGUACAACAUAUGAGGGUUCACACAGGAGAGAUGUUCCAGUGUUCAGAAUGUACUAGUUCAUUUACUAAUAAAUCUAAAUUAGUUGAACAUAUGAGGGUUCACACAGAAGGGAAGUUCCAGUGUUCAGAAUGUACUAGUUCAUUUACUUAUAAAGGUAAUUUAGUACAACAUAUGAGGGCUCACACAGGAGAGAAGUUCCAGUGUUCAGAAUGUACUAGUUCAUAUACUUAUAAAUCUAAAUUAGUUGAACAUAUGAGGGUUCACACAGGAGAGAAGUUCCAGUGUUCAGUAUGUACUCGUUCAUUUACUUAUAAAUAUAGUUUGCUUCAACAUAUGAGGGUUCACACAGGAGAGAUGUUCCAGUGUUCAGAAUGUACUAGUUCAUUUACUAAUAAAUCUAAAUUAGUUGAACAUAUGAGGGUUCACACAGGAGAGAAGUUCCAGUGUUCAGAAUGUGCUAGUUCAUUUACUUAUAAAUCUAGUUUAGUACAACAUAUGAGGGUUCACACAGAAGGGAAGUUCCAGUGUUCAGAAUGUACUAGUUCAUUUACUUAUAAAUCUAGUUUACUUCAACAUAUGAGGCUUCACACAGAAGAGAAGUUCCAAUGUCCAAAAUGUACUAGUUCAUUUACUUAUAAAUCUAGUUUACUUCAACAUAUGAGGGUUCACACAGGAGAGAUGUUACAGUGUUCAGAAUGUACUUGUUCAUUUACUUAUAAAUCUAAUUUAGUACAACAUAUGAGGGUUCACACAGAAGGGAAGUUCCAGUGUUCAAAAUGUACUAGUUCAUUUACUUAUAAAUCUCAAUUAGUUGAACAUAUGAGGGUUCACACAGGAGAGAUGUUCCAGUGUUCAGAAUGUACGAGUUCAUUUACUAAUAAAUCUAAAUUAGUUGAACAUAUGAGGGUUCACACAGGAGAGAAGUUCCAGUGUUCAGAAUGUGCUCGUUCAUUUACUUAUAAAGGUAAUUUAGUACAACAUAUGAGGGCUCACACAGGAGAGAUGUUCCAGUGUUCAGAAUGUACUAGUUCAUUUACUUAUAAAUAUAAAUUAGUUAAACAUAUGAGGGUUCACACAGGAGACACACCAUAUCAUAGUACAAAAUGCAAUAAAUCCUUCACACAGAAGUGCCGUAUGGUAAGGCACAUAAGAGUUCAUACAAGAGAAAAAUUUCAGUGUUGUGAUUGUCAAAAAUGUUUUCCCAGUAGAGUGAGUCUCACAAGGCAUAGUAGAACUCAUCUGACUUCUUACAGUAAAGUUCAUGCAAAAGAUAAUAAAUGCCACAAAAAAUAUGAUAAUAAACAAAGGCUGAAAAAAUGUGGUGAGGAGAAGUCAGGGAGUGGUAGGAGACUUACCCAGAGGAACCACCACCUUGGUGGUCUCGGGAGCAACACAACAGAAAAACGAGUGGGCAAUGACCUGAACAGUCCAGAGCCGAGCCACAAUAAUUGUCGGGAACUGCCCACUUCCUCUCAUAGUGAAGAUGAGUAUAGCCUCUCUUACCAGUGUAAGACAAAGGCUGUGUGUAAACUAGCAGAUAAUGACCUUGUAGUGAGUAGAUCAACACAUUUCAUAGACUGGUCAGGUCAUGGAGUUAAAGAUGAACCUGUUGAUGGUCAACCUUCAAUCUUAAGUAUAUCAGAAGAUCCACUUCAAUCUGAGAUGGUUCCUCCAUCUUCUAUAAAGUUAGAGAGCCUUAAGGAGGAAUUUGAGUUUCUUGAGGAAGAAUUGUGAAACCUUAUUAACAUUUUGUGUGUAAUGCAAGCUUGUGUAUGUUUAUAUUAAUAAAUAUAUACUGAGAA